AUGGUGACCACUCGGGCAAAGAGUAAAUCACAAGGCCAAGAACAGAAGGUUGGAGCGGCCGCCGAGGGAGAGACAGGGAACAAAAGGUCCCGCGACGACAAGGAGGAGGAGGAGGAGGAGGAGGAGGAGGCACCAAGCACGAAUCCCAGUGAGCCGAAGACGACACAACGGAAGAAGGCUCAAGUUGUGAAGGGGGGCGAUACGACGAAAGGCGCACGCGACUACGACGGCAACGACGGCAACGACGGUGGAAAAGAGCACAAGAAGAAGUCGACGCCAAAAUCAAAGACAGAUCAGAAGGCGAAGGAGGAGAAGAAGGGCCAGGGCCACGCCGGGAGCAUUCACGGCAAGAAAGUCGAGAACCUCCUCGAGCAUUUCGGCAGCCUUCCCCUCUCCGACACCGGCCUUGAGGAACUAGACAGUGCGACACCGGAGACCAUAUUAGCGCUGCUCAUGAACGCCAUACUGUCCGCAACACGAGUGUCACAUAGCAUUGCAGCGAAGACCACCGCUGUCGUGGUCAAGGCGGGAUACCACAAGCUUGACGUCCUGAAGAAGAGCACGUGGGAAGAAAGGACAGAGUUACUGACCGAGGGCGGAUACACUCACUAUCGGGAAAGGACAGCGACUUUUAUGGGUCAGCUGGCGGAGCUGGUUGAGGAGAAGUACGACGGCGAUCUCAACAGGAUCCCAGGACUCGCAUCCGGAGACCGGCGCAAGAUCCGGGCAGAGCUCCAAAAGAUCAAAGGAAUCGGCGACGUCGGCAUUGACAUCUUCUUCACCACCGCGCAGCACGUGUGGCCCUGUCUCGCGCCCUGGAUCGACCCGCGAAGUCUGAAGACGGCCGAGCACAUCGGCUUCGGCGGCGACGUGCAGGCCCUUUGGGACGAGGCCGGCCGCAAGCCCGAGUUGAUGUGUCGGCUGGCGUGCGCUCUGAUGGAUGUCCGGCGGGAGAAGAAGGAGGCGGAAUGGGCGUGA